CAACUGCUAUCUAUUCCAGCGGUUUCUCGCUAUACUUUCCCACCAUUCACCAACUCAAAUAUGCUGCAUUUUAAAUCUGCGGUGGCUCUGGGCAUGGCUCUUGUGGCCUUGCCUGUCCAGGCGCAGCUAUAUAAUAAGACCAUCCAAACAACCUAUGGACCUAUUAUGGGAUUUAAAUAUUUCAAUGAAAGUACAUUAAGGACUUAUUGGAACAUUUCAAGUAGCAAUGUGGCUGCCUUCCUGGGUAUUCCCUAUGCUGCAGACACGGGUUAUGAGAAUCGUUGGAAGGCACCCCAGCCACGUGAGGCCUGGAAUGACACUCUACUGGCAACGUCAUUUGGGCCUCAAUGUCCAACAUCAUACGCGACCGAUUACAGUGAAGACUGUUUGAGCUUGAAUAUCUGGACCAACGCCCGCACAUCUACCGAUAAACUGCCUGUCAUGGUGUGGAAUCAGGGUAGUGAAGAAACGAGUGACAACCCCUGGUGGUAUGGGGGCGGUUUGGCCCUGAAGGACGUUGUUGUAGUUACCUUCAACCGCCGUGACGAUGCCUUCGGCUACUUGGCCCAUCCGGAGCUCAACGCCGAGGGUCUCGCAGCUACUGGGCAUAAUACGUCAGGUAAUUACGGUGUCCUCGACUUCCUCGAAGUGCUCAAAUGGGUCCAGAAGAACAUUGCCAAUUUUGGAGGUGACCCUGAUCGUGUGACCAUCGCUGGUCAAUCUUUUGGGUCAUCUCAGGUCUAUCAUGCUGUCAACAGUGAGCUGUUCAAAGGCUAUUUUCAUCGCGCUAUUUCUGAAUCUGGAAUUCGGUAUCCUUACGACACUCUGUUAGCGGGUUUGGCUACAUCCUACGUUAACAUGGAUGAAGCACUUUUCCACGGUGUUAACUAUACGAAGUUUCACAACGCAAGCUCAAUUUCAGAGCUCCGAAAGCUCUCCACUGAAGAGUUACUAGUUGGUUCCGGUGACCGCGUCAAUGGGACUUGGAUCUGGUGGGUUACAGCACUUUCGUGUAACUACCCGCUUAUCUUCAAGCCUGUUCUAGACGGAUAUGUGCUGCCCAUGAAAUACAUCGAGCAGCUAACUGUGGGACCGGCGAAUGAUGUCCCUCUUAUUACCGGAAACACCAAGGAUGAAAGCGGCGCCACGCUUCCAUUGAACGGUUACACUGUGGAUGAAUAUGUGAACUACACCACUUUGAAGUAUGGCAACCUGUCGGCUCGCUACCUCGAACUAUACCCGCCUCUAAACAACGAUACGCAUGCCGACGAGGCUUGGAACGCUGCAGCACGCGAUACCUCGCUUGUGAGCACGUGGUUGUACGCUAAGAAAUGGGUGUUGUCUGCCUCCAGCCCUAUUUACACAUAUUACUGGGACCAUGCUCCUCCGGGUCAGGAUGAGGGUGCCUUUCACCAGAGCGAGAUUAUGUACGCUCUCAACGCCCUCUACGCGAACGCUGACACAUAUCCAUUCACAGCUGAGGAUUACUAUAUCUCUGAUGUUAUGAGCGGAUACUGGGCCAACUUUAUCAGAACAGGAGAACCCAACACCGGCGGGGCGUUUGUGGGUGCUAACCUAACGCGCUGGUACCCGAAUGAUGCGGCUACCAAAUAUGUUAUGCACCUUGGUAAUGGUUGGGGUAAUCACAGCAUAUCCCAGCCCGAAAGCGUUCAGUUCUUUGAGGACUACUUCGCGCAGCAGAUUCCCUAUUAGCAUUUUGGAAGCUACGCGGUUAGGAAGGACGCUCCAGCUGUAUAUAUUCGAAUGGAUACUAUGUUUCCCUGAUUCUAUAUUGUGUAAAAGUAUCUCAAAUUAGAC